CCUCUCGCACGCGCCCGUCGAUCCUCUUCCCCCCUGCGAUGCCGCGGCCGCCGACGCCGACGCCGCCAGCUGCAACCGCCGGUACCUGCCGCAUCCGCCGCCAUCGUAGACCGGUGAAACUCCCGCGUCUCUCCUCUGCCACUUUCCCCGCUGCCACGAUGGACGCCCGUGCCCGCACGCAUGGCUACGCGAAACCCUAGCCUCGCAGCUUGGGUUCGCCGGCGCUGCUCCGGCUGCCUCCCGCCGAUGUCGGCGCCCCGGCGUGACGCCUCCAUGAACCCCUCCGCUGGAUCCAUGCCUCAGCACCACCCUACAUCACUCAAGCGCGCGUGCCCGCGAAACCCUAGCCGUGGGGCUCGGGCUCGCAACACGGUGCCCGCGCCCGCGCCGCCACUACUCCCCUUCGUCGACCACGAGCUUCCCUGCUUCCCUAGUCUCCUGCUACCCGACGUCGACGACUACCACAUGUUGUUGUUGCCUAGGUGGCCGGGGCCCCUCCCCACCGUGGUGCAGUGGUAGGCUGCAGCUUCCCGCCCCUCUUCUUCAGCGACCUCGAUUGCUUCCUCCACGGCUACUACCACUGCUCCUCGCUUCUUAAGUUUGUCCAUGAAUUUCAGCUAGGCCAUAAAGACAAAAGUUUGAGCAAUAAACGGGGUGUCUGUUCUGACUAAAAAAGAUGUGCGACGGAAUCAUCUUCAGAUCUCAGGUUCAUGGACAACAUAUGGCGUGUCUGAUCUCAUCUCUGGAUAUGAACAAUAUCUUCAAGGCAAAGGUUUUGGAGGACCUUCAGGACAGCGGCAGCAGUACGACUGAACCAAAAGCUCAAGAAGCCUGGCAAAAAUUGCCAUGUGUACUGGAUGGCAAAAAUUGCUAUGCGCAAGAAUUCAAGAAGCCUGGCAAGAAUUACCAAUUGCAUUCUAUCCAGCACCUGCUGCUUAUUGGGGUUGCAUGGUUCCGCGAAACCAUCAGGAGCUACCCGUUUUUUAGGAUGUACCCUAGGAAAACAUCUGGAGUAAAUGGGAAGGACAUUGCACCAAUGCGAAACUGGAAGGUCGAUCCAAAUGCUUGCAACCCAUUCCAUAUAUGCGCCUCGUACUGCUUCGAUUAUUUGAAUGAAGGCUCGGAGCGCCGAUAGCUCCAAGCAAGCCAGGCACUAGGUGAUGUUGUAGUGGAUGAAGAAGCCCCAGGUAGCAAUGGUGUCAGUUUCUUGGAGGAGCAGUUAAACAUCCAUGAUGUUGCUUCAGCAAGCAAUCCUAACUUGACUGCACAGGAAGACGAAUCAAUUGAUGCUGCAGUAGAAGAGGAGCUUGAUCUUGAAAUAUCAGAAGAAGCUCCUGAUAAGUAUGGUGAAGAGAUGACAUCCUUCACUUAGAAGAAGCUCCUGAUAACUACGGUGUAUUAUUGAUGAAUGCAGAACACUAGUUUAGCCGUAAGUUCAGUUUCUUACAUUGAACAGGUGGUUAACUGCUCACUGACCCAUACAUUUGGAGGGCAAUAUAUGCUUAGCAAUCAUCAUUUGCGGCAACGUCAUGCAAUCAAAUGUGGUUUUUCUUUCACCA